AUUGACUUCAUGCACACUGCCACGUGAUAUUACAAUAUAAUUCGACUAGUCAUAUAUGAUCGUGAGGUGCACAGUCUAUUCUCCAUAACUCCACUAAUUCUGACCAAACUCUUCUUAUUGUAAAAUUUAGCCUUUAUGUAUGUAUCGUGCUAAAAGUAACSUAGUGCAUUGUUUGAGGAAUAGGAUGUCAAGGUAUUUCAGGCUGUUGACAGGUGAACACUUUGGCGCAUGACCAUUUAAAUGGUCAACACAACGCUGUGGAUUUGCCUGGGAGAUGCCCAAACACCAUGCGCAGUUACACCACAAUGAUGUGAGYUGACCCAACUCGCCACAGACCCGCUAAGUACGAUCAUGAGAGACCAGGCCGAAGAAUAAAGACGUUAAAGCUCCGCAUCUUGGAAAUGUUAUGUACGCAAUAGAACCGACAUUUCAGAACCAUCGCAUGUUAAGGGAUUACGGGAUUACUUCKUCUGUAAAGACUCGGAAGCGGACCUGCUGCCCCACUGAAGACAGAUAAGAGCCGUUCCCAACUGAAGUGCUAUGGCCCCUGCUGYAGUGAGGAGUCCUAGCCUCAGGCCUUCAUAGUGGACAUUGAGCUAUCAUCACACASGGGUGUAGGCCAGGGCCAGGCCAGGGUCAGACUCCCGGAGCUGGGAUGAUCACCUCCCACAUGAACGGAGGACCCGGAUAUGUAAUAGAGGACCCAAUGGGGCCUGUGAGUGGCACWGAGGGUCCUGGGAGUGGAGCCAAGCUGCAGCAGAGGGAGAGGGCUGUGGACUGCCCCCCUGGGGACAAGGUGGUGGGGACUGGGAGCAGCGUUGUGCAGRGUUCCCGGUGCAGCGCCCAGAUGGAGAGGAUCCAGCGGUACCAGGAAGAGCUGAGGAGGAAGAGGGAGGAGGACACCAACAAAGGGAAGCAUGAGAUCGAUCUCAACGCCUCGCUCAGGCUCAAGAAGCUUGCCCAGAACCCAGCCAAGACGGGUAUCGACAACCCUAYGUUCGAAGCGCCUAAGGCGGGCAAGGAGACCAAGGAUGGGAGCCCCCCGCUUGGCAGGGACACGGUUGUGGAGCUGGAGGASCUGCUGGAGGCCCUGCGGCGGGUGCAGAGCUGCCUGGUGGAUGCCCAGUCGCAGGCCGACGUGGCUCUGGUGCUGGGCCUGCUGCACAAGGAGGACUUCCAGAGCGCCUUCGCCAUCCACAGCGCCGUGGCCCAGCAGAUGCAGCCGCGUGGCAGCCMGCCCUUGCCCCUCACCGCCCAGGCCCGCAGCCUUUAUCAGGAGGUGCAAUGCAUCCUACAGUCCAGUCACCAGGAGGAAGGUGUAGAGCUCAGGAACCUACUCACCACCCCCCACUUCCAGGCUCUGAUGCAGGCCCAUGACAGUGUGGCGGAGCAGGAGUUGGAGCCGGACCCAGAAGAGAGAUUGAUUCAGUACCUGGGUGAGACCGUCAAACUGGUGCGGCUGGAGAAGGCCAGCGACAUUCCUCUGGGCGCCACGGUUCGUAACGAGAUGGACAGCGUGGUGGUGAGUCGCGUGGUGAAGGGCGGGACAGCCGAGCGGAGCGGUCUCCUGGCUGAGGGAGAUGAGAUCCUGGAGAUCAACGGCGUGCCUGUCCGUGGGAAGAACGUCAACGAGGUCCACGACCUUCUGGUGGAGAUGCAUGGUACUCUGACCUUCCUCCUUAUCCCCAGUUCUCAGAACAAAACACCCUCACACAGGCAGACUGUGAUGCACGUGAGGGCAUACUUUAACUACGACCCGUCUGAUGACCCGUACGUGCCGUGCAGGGAGCUGGGCCUGUCCUUCCAAAAGGGAGACAUCCUCCACAUCAUCAGCCAGGAUGACCCCAGCUGGUGGCAGGCCUACAGGGACGGGGAUGAGGACAACCAGCCCCUAGCCGGGCUAGUUCCCGGGAAGAGCUUCCAGCAGCAGAGAGAAGCUAUGAAGAAAACCAUUGUUGGACAGGUACCUGACAAGCCAGGGAAGCUUUGGUGUGCAAAGAAGAACAAGAAGCAGAGGAAGAAAACCAUGUACAACCCCAACAAGAACGUUGACUACUACGCCGAUGAAAUCCUGACCUAUGAGGAGAUGGCACUCUACCACCAGCCGGCCAAUCGCAAGCGACCUAUCGCCCUGAUUGGUCCGCCCAACAGCGGGCAGGACGAGCUGCGGCAAAGGCUGCUGUCCAUCGAGCCGGACAGGUUCGCCGGCGCCGUGCCACGUAAUUCUCUCCUCCUGCUGCUGUUUUCAUUUGUUCUCUGUCAGUCACUGCGGGUACUGCGGUCCUCCAACCUCAAGCCCUAUGUGAUCUUCAUUGCGCCUCCCUCUCAGGAGCGAUUGCGCACCCUGCUGGCCAAGGAUGGCAAAAACCCAAAGCCAGAGGAGCUGAAGGAGCUGAUUGAGAAGGCCCGGGAGAUGGAGCAGGCCUACGGCCACCUGUUUGACGCGGCCAUUGUUAACGGCGAGCCAGACACGGCCUUCCACGAGCUCCUGCGCCUCAUCAACAAGCUGGACACGGAGCCCCAGUGGGUGCCCUCCUCCUGGCUGUGCUAGGGGUAAGAGGUCAGGGUUGAGGGGUCAACCUAGCGUUCAACUCCAGGGAGCCACAGGAAGGAGAGUUUGGCCUGGGUUGUGAUCAUUAGGCACCAAAUGGAAGAAAAUGUAUUGAAACAGGAAGGGAAUACCUGGACUUAUCCAAUAAGAACCAUUUGUUUUAGUUUUUCCUAGAAAAAUGUUUUAACACAUUUGACAACGGUGUAUCCUAAUGAACAUGACCCAUAACACAGCUCUGGAGGAACGACCCUAAAAGGAAGGAUGGACAAUGAUCAUUGAGGCCACCGUUAGAUCAUUGUGGAGCCUCGCAGACACAAAAUUCAUUUUUGCCAGAAAGGGUAACUUGUCCUUUAUCUAGCCAUCUUGUGAAAGUUGGAGUUUACUUCAUUUGCAGGGACRGACUUUUUAUUAUAUAAGUGUUUUUUUCUGUGUUUGUCUUUGUGAAUGUUCUUUURGGUUUUUGUCAAUGUCGGCACCAUUCCAGAUUCCAGUAGCAUAUGCAAAGACAUUUAUCCAAAACUGUAGAAAACAUAUUUCCAUUUUAUUCUACUCUAAAUAGCUAUUUAUGAUUGUAAAUAUCUAUUUUUAGAUGAAAUGGCAAACAAAUGUGAUUUACCAUUACCUCAGACCCAGUCUAAUAAUGUAUGGUUUGUUUGUAUGCGGUAUACAAGACUGGAACUGUCUGUCUCAAUUGAGGACCAAUUUGCUCCUGGGGAACUAUGUAACUUUCUCCUAGAAGUAGGAACCAAAGAGAAAGCCGUUGUAUUCUAAAGAUGGGUAAAGGUACUUGCUGUGUAUCAAUGAUAGUAUUAUGUUGUGUUAUCUUGAGUUGCUGCACUUGUACAUCAAAAACAGACCUCAAGAAUCAUUGAUCAUCAGUAAAGAUGACCUCAGUAUCCAUUGUCUAGUGUACCUAGUGUCUACCUACGGACAUGAACAGUGUGAAAACAACAUAUCAAUUUAGCAUCAUUUAAUCUGACCAACUUUUAUUUUCUUUGGUACUUUAUAAGCACAACUCAAAAGAAGCCAUCUUCAAUAUAAUGAAUAUUCCUGAUGAGAAUUGUUUCAAAAUGGUGGACAUUAAAGUUACAUGAAUACUAUUUAAUCAGGUAAAUGUAUGAUUUUGGAAUAUACUUGAUACAUAUUCAUUGUGUAUGAGGGUAGGCAUAGUCAAAACAUUUGAGUAGGAAAAAGAACGAGAGCGAAUAUAAAAUGUACAUUCAUUACAUGAAUUCGUUCCGUGGCACCACAUAAUACAGCAUGUUGCAUUUAGUGCUUCAAUGCAAAAUGGCUGCCAUUUCACAUACAGGUGUGUGCCCMAGAUACAUUUAGGAUGUUGUACCUKGUAAUAGCGUUCUCAGACAUUACUUUGUUCAAAGUUUCCAGCA